UGGUCGCCUUCCCCCCCAGACUACAACUCCCAUCGGCCCCUGCCAGCGCGGCCCUCGCGAGGGGCUGACGGGAGUCGUAGUUCGCGGGGGGGGGAGAGAAAAAGGGCGCUUCGCCAGGCCCGGUGAGGGGCCUACGAAAAGCCCCCACGCUGAGGAAAAAACCUCGCCCUCGUAAAAGCCCAGCCGUGGGGUGGGGGGAGUCCCCAGUUCGAAGGAGACACGUUCGCCUCCUCAGGAAGAGGAGACGACUCUCCCCCUGGUCUAAGCCCCCGAGCAUGUGCAGAGUGCAUCUAAAGGGGAGCGAGGCGGUCGCGGGGGAGCCGCCGCCCUCCGUUUGGAGGGAGAGAAGCGCCUGGACCGCGGCCGACGCCGGGGCGGGUCUGUCGGAGGCCGCGCGGCCUCCCACUGGGGCCUGCCUGGGCGGGCAGAGGGCGGGCGAGAGGCAGGCAGGCGCCGCGGCUUCGCCUUGGCCCUCUCCUCCCCUCAGAAGCGGGUCCGGGGCGGAGGAGGGAAGGUCUCCCGGUUCCUUCCGAGGCUGAGGCAGCAGAAGGCGCCGCUCCGGAGCGCUCCAUCCCGAAGCUCUCCUCGGAGUAAAUCAGACGGGGCCUACGUGGAGGAGGGACUGUGCAGGCUCAGUUCUCGUCUUGAGAUGGAAGGCUAGGCCUUGGUGGUUCAGUCAGAAGUCCUGAAGAACAGGAGUUGCUGUGCCCAUUUCCCCAGCAGGUUUGGCAGCAUGUUCCAGCUGCCGCUCCCUUUGGAUCGGGAUGGGACCCUCUUCCGCCUCCGUUUUACCACCCUGGCAGUCGGGACUGUGUGCUGCCCGCUCUUUGGCUUCCUCUUCUGCGUCAUCUGGUCCCUGUUCUUUCACUUUGAUGAAGCCACUGCCACCCACUGCGAUGUCCCCAACUACCUCCCCUCCAUCAGCUCUGCCAUUGGUGGGGAGACCCCCGAGCGCUACAUGUGGCGUUUCUGCAUCGGGCUGCACUCUGGGCCCCGCUUCCUCGUGGCCUUUGUCUACUGGAGCCACUACCGCGGCUGCCACUGCACACACCCGCGGUACCUCCGCCUGUGCAAUGCAGCCUUUGGCCUCAACCUGCUGGAGAACACGGCCCUCCUUCUGCUGACCUACGUCUCCUCCUCUGAGAACUACCUGAUCCACGAGAACGCCUUCAUCCUCUUCAUAGCUUCGGCCCUCAGCCACAUGUUCCUGACUUGCGUUUUGUGGCGGAUGACUAAGAAGCACGCAGUAAGUCCCGAGGAGCGCAAGUCCUACAAGUGGAAGUGGUGGCUGUUCCUCUUCAACCUGGUCACGUUCUCAGUAGCCGUGUACUUCUACUUCCGCCACAACUGGUACUGCGAGCCCGGAGUUUACACCAUCUUUGCCUUCUUGGAGUACCUGGUGGUUUUUUCUAACAUGGCCUUCCACAUGACUGCGUGGUGGGACUUUGGCAACAAGGAGCUGGUGGUCAGUUCCCAGCCAGAAGACAAACGCUUCUAGCAAAAGCCUGCCUUUGAGCUGAGGAAAAGCCUCUGGAUUUCUUGCGGGGAGGAGCAGCAGCCUGCUUGCCAGCGUCAGAUCCUUCCGGCAGGGCCCAGGACAUUUCAGAAGGGGCACCUGUGACUGGACUGGAAAGAACCAGUGCGCCCCGUGGGAAUUGGGACCCUGCCGUCACGUGUCCGACAACAGAGCAGAAGGUGUGGCUGGUUGACGGGCCUUUUGAUCAAGGGGACACCUUUGUAAAAGUAAAAACAAAACUCAGAAUGUGCUCUGCUGCCAACCCAGGACAGGGACAGAACUGGACUAGCCCACUGGGGCUGUGUGUUGUGAUGGUAACAAGUCCAGCGGCUCUUGAAGUCAGAGACU